CACAAAGUUUAUGCCUUGAAAAUCAGACAUCGACACAAUUUUUCAACUUUCGCCCAUCAUCACGUGCCCGCUUAGUGCGACCAAGUCGCUUAGCCCUAGUCCCACAACCACAAUUUGGUCCAUCGGACAUCUUCAAUUCUCAACGCCGACAACCAGCACACACAACACGCCACCAUGUCGUCCAAGGUCAAGGCUGUUCAGCUCUGGGGCAAGAACAAGGAGGAGCUCUCCAAGCAGCUCGAGGAGUUGAAGACCGAGCUUAACCAGCUCCGCGUCCAGAAGAUCGCCAACGGCGCUUCUACCAAGACCCAGAGAAUCUCCGAAGUUCGCAAGUCGAUCGCUCGCGUUCUCACCGUCAUCAACGCCAACCAGCGCGCUCAGCUGCGUUUGUUCUACAAGAACAAGAAGUACAUCCCUCUGGACCUCCGCCCCAAGCUCACCCGUGACCUCCGCCGCCGUCUCACCAAGUUCGAGGCUACCCGGACCACCGAGCGCCAGCGCAAGCGCCAGAUCCACUUCCCCCAGCGGAAGUACGCCGUCAAGGCUUAAGUGCAGAACUUUAUCGGAUCUGGAGUUUUGUGGGUGGGGAAAGACGUUGCUUGCCCUUGGACACAUUAAGCAGGAUGUGUGAUGUGUGGACCUGAGCAGGGUCGAUUUUCUCUUUUUUUUACAUCCAAAAAAUGGAACUUGAUUGUGUAUCUUAAAAAACGAUGCAAAUCGACUCUUGACAUGACAUGACACUUUAGACGUCUUUCUCGUUUCCCCCGGGCUGUGAUGGUCAGUUCUGGAAUUGCUGUACGGUGAAUGAGUAGAGGC